CAGGCGAGGGGGACAUCAGAGCAGGCAAGAACCACUCAAGAUGAGCUGGUCACCUCCUCUCCGAGUGAUGGCGAGGCUCACUCUGAUAGCGGCGGCGGCGGUGGUGGCGGUGGUGGAGGCUCAGUCCACCACUCAAGGCGUGGGCGUGGGUGUCGUCAAGUGUGGUGAAGGGUUAACGGACGGGUUGUGUUUGCCGUGGAGAGAGCACUGCCUCCCCCUGCCGCCCCCCUUCACAGAAUCAUGUCCCCAGGGUCUAGUGUGUUGCAAGGCCGAGGUGAAGCAUCGGAACCAUCGAACCAGGAGAGAAGUGAAGCAAGACCUGGAGAACGGAAGUGAAGAAGGAGAUGGAGAACGAAGUAAAGAUGGAACAGGGAGAAUAAGGAAACAAACGAAGAGGAGGAAGGUAAAGAACGCAGGGGAGACGAAAGAGAACACAAACAGUAAAAAUAACGGCAAUAGCGAGACCAAUGACAACAGUAAGAAAGAAAACGGGAAUAGAAAGACGAGGAGGAGGAACCCGCCAAAAGGGAACAGAAGUAACAACGGGACAAAAGAGGAGAAGAGAACAAACAGAACAGGAGGGAAAAAGAAGAAAGCCGAGGAAAAGAACAACGGAAACGAAGGACAGAACAGGAAGAAAGUGAUGAAGAAGGGAGAGAAAGAGAGAACAAACAAAACAGGAGGCAGAAAAAGGAAAGUAAAAAAUAACGAAGAACAGAAUCAGAAAGGCGUGAUGAACAAGGGAGAGAAAAAGAGAACAAGAACAGGAGGCAAAAGGAAGCUCAAAGAAAACGAAAAGGAAAACGAGGGAAUGACCAGGAAAACCAUGAUAAAGAAGGGAGAGAAAAAGGUAACAAGAACAGGAGACAAAAGGAAGCUCAAAGAAAAAAAGGAAAACGAGGGACAGACCAGGAAAACCAUGAUAAAGAAGGGAGAGAAAAAGAGAACAAGAACAGGAGACAAAAAGAAGAAACUCAAAGAAAAGGAGAAUGAAAACAAAGGACAGCCAAGGACAACAGGGAUAAAGAAGGGAGAGAUGAAGAAGACGAGAGAGAACAAAACAGGAAGCAAACAGAGACAACGCAAGGAAAAGAAAGGAGAGACAAAGAAAACAGGGAUAAAAAAGGAAGAGGAGAAAGAGAAGAACACGCCACGGAAGGGAGGAAGGAGAAAAGCGUUAAUAAAGGAGAACAAAAGAGACCAGAAUAAGGACAAAGGAGGAAAGAGGAAAGUAAGAAAGGGCAAAGUGACAACAGAGAAAACGGGAGGGAAGAAAAAAGAUAAAGAUACGUCGGCUAAAGCAAAAUGUGUCAGCAGCGACUGUUCGGACGCUAAUGGAAAGUGCAAGAAAAAGAAGAAAUGCAAGUCCGAUCAAGGCUUCUACAAGGGCAAGUGCAAGGGCGGGAAGGCGUGCAAGAAGAAGGUGUGCUGUGUGUGUAACGGGAUCUGCAACCACGAUCACUUCACCAGUUACAACGACCACUACUGUGGGCGGUACCACUGCAUCGGGCGGUACCACUGCUUCGGGAGGUACCACUGCUUCAGGAGGUACCACUGUUUCGGGCGGUACCACUGCUUCGGGAGGUACCACUGUUUCGAGCGGUACCACUGCUUCGGGAGGUACCACUGUUUCGGGCGGUACCACUGCUUCGGGAGGUACCACUGUUUCGGGCGGUACCACUGCUUCGGGAGGUACCACUGUUUCGGGCGGUACCACUGCUUCAGGAGGUACCACUGCUUCAGGAGGUACCACUGCUUCGGGAGGUACCACUGCUUCAGGAGGUACCACUGCUUCGGGCGGAACCACUGCUUCAGGAGGUACCACUGCUUCGGGCGGAACCACUGCUUCAGGAGGUACCACUGCUUCGGGCGGUACCACUGCUUCAGGAGCUACCACUGCUUCGGGCGGUACCACUGUUUCGGGCGGUACCACAGCUACGGGCGGUACCACAGCUUCGGGCGGUACAACUGCUGGUGGUACAACUGCCGGUGGUACCACUGCGUCGGGUGGUACAACUGCCGGUGGUACCACUGCGUCGGGUGGUACAACUGCUGGCGGUACAACUGCCGGUGGUACCACUGCGUCGGGUGGUACAACUGCUGGCGGUACAACUGCCGGUGGUACCACUGCGUCGGGUGGUACAACUGCUGGUGGUACAACUGCCGGUGGUACCACUGCGUCGGGUGGUACAACUGCUGGUGGUACAACUGCCGGUGGUACCACUGCGUCGGGUGGUACAACUGCUGGUGGUACAACUGCCGGUGGUACCACUGCGUCGGGUGGUACAACUGCCGGUGGUACCACUGCGUCGGGUGGUACAACUGCUGGUGGUACAACUGCCGGUGGUACCACUGCGUCGGGUGGUACAACUGCCGGUGGUACCACUGCGUCGGGUGCUACCACUGCUGGUGGUACCACUGCUUCGGGUGCUACCACUGCUGGUGGUACCACAGUUUCGGGAGGUACCACUGCUGCUGCGGGUAGUACUACUACUACUGCUGCGGGUACUACCACUACUACUGCUGCGGGUACUACCACUACUACUGCUGCGGGUACUACCACUACUACUGCUGCGGGUACUACCACUACUACUGCUGCGGGUACUACCACUACUACUGCUGCGGGUACUACCACUACUACUGCUGCGGGUACUACCACUACUACUGCUGCGGGUACUACCACUACUACUGCUGCGGGUAGUACUACUACUACUGCUGCGGGUACUACCACUACUACUGCUGCGGGUACUACCACUACUACUGCUGCGGGUACUACCACUACCACUACAGGCGGUACCACAGUUUGAUGUACUUCUCUACACAUCGUUAGUCUCUGCAGUGUUAGGCAGUUUCAUUGCCGUUCUCCAAGUACGCCAAGGGACACGACAUAAAUGCAUGAGAAUAAAGAAAUAUUUGUUUUGUAAGCUAGAGUGGCUGCCUAUAUGGCUAACUUCAUUUAUUCCUAAUAAUAAUAAAAAUAUUAAGAGCAU